AAAAGCAAAGAAAACAUAAAAAGAAGAAAAAACAGAGUGUAUCCCAAUCUGCAACUCCAUUUUUAUCCCUUUCACUCCUCUUUUAUUUAUUUAUUUGUUCUCUCCACUUUGUCUUCCUCCUCAUAUCAGUAGAUUCAGUAACAGUCCAGUGUUCACUUAAACCCUUGAUUUUAUCCCCCGUUUCCUGCUCUAAAAUCCAACCCCAGAAGAUUCCGGGAAAUCCCAAGAAAUCUCAAAAGCUAUCAAAACAAGGGAAAAAAGCAUUUGGUUGUCCCUUCCAUUCCAUUCCUCCAAGUUUUGAUCUUUUUUACACAGACCAAGCAUGUUGUCUUCAACCCCAUUUGUCCUCUGCUUUUCCAUCUUCCUCUCUGUGCCUCUCCUCUUUCUUUUCGCCCCUCAAGUCCUCCCUCCCAAAGACGUUCCUUUCUUACUUCCAUACGAGCUCGAUGACCUCGCCCUCUUCCGCAAGGCCAACGCCCUCGCUUCCUCGUCCUCUUCGAGGACGCGCUCCUCCACGCACUCCCGCUUAGGUACUGCCACAAACCCCAAGCCCAAGAUCGCUUUUCUUUUCCUCACCAACUCUGAUCUCUAUUUCGCCCCCUUGUGGGAGAAGUUCUUCCAUGGCUACCGUCAGCUGUACAAUAUCUACGUCCACGCUGAUCCCUCCGUCAAAAUCACCCCUCCCGGAGGCAUAUUCCAAGGCCGGUUCAUCAAGGAAGCAAGGAAGACCGAGCGGGCUUCGCCGACCCUCAUCUCCGCCGCACGUAGACUGCUCGCCGUGGCCAUCCUCGACGAUCCUUUGAAUUUUUACUUUGCCCUCGUUUCCCCCCAAUGCAUACCGCUCCACUCCUUCCUCUUCGUCCACAACUUCCUCUUCAGAAACCCUGUAACCUCCUGGAAAGAUGCGUUCAUGUCACCUUUCCCGAAGUACCGCAGCUUCAUCGAAAUAAUCUCCGACGAUCUCAACUUGCCCGGUCGCUACAUCGCUCGUGGCGAAAACGUCAUGCUCCCGGAAGUGGCGUUCGAGCAAUUCCGAGUCGGAUCUCAGUUUUUCAUACUGAACCGUAAGCACGCGUUGCUGGUUCUAAGAGACAUCAAGUUGUGGAGGAAGUUCAAGAUGCCAUGCUUGAACAUAGACUCCUGUUACCCCGAGGAGCACUACUUUCCAACUCUUUUGUCCAUGGAGGACCCAAAAGGGUGUAGUCACUACACGCUUACGCGGGUGAACUGGACGCACAGUUUUGACGGACACCCCCACUUGUACAAGCCGGAAGAAGUGUCGACGGAGCUUCUACACAAGUUGAGAGUAUCAAAUUCGAGUUACUCAUACCUAUUCGCCCGGAAGUUCUCAGCGGAUUGCCUGAAGCCGUUGAUGGAGAUCUCCGAUGACAUUUUCCAGGACUAAACUGAACUCGGGACACUGGAAUGGAAUCUUUUGGGUAAAUCUAGGGAGUGGAAAAGAAUUGCGUUUGGAGUGUGGAAAAAGACCCCAAAACCCAAUACAAGUUGGGGGGAAGCUAAAAAAAAAAAAAAAAAAAAGUUUGGGGGGAAGCUUCAAUGGUGUUGCUGUUUCUCUGUAUAGAAGGUGGUGUGGACUGUGGAUCGCGCCAAGUGUGAUUCCUUGAACGUUUCUUUUUUAUGCCUUUUUCUUUGUUUUUGGCUGUCCUUUUCUUUUUGUUUUUUUAAACUUGGUGCUUAUAUAAAGUGCACGGUGGCUUCGGCUCAGCGAGGAGUAGGAAAAAGCAAGUACACCAAGCUACAUUGUUUUUUCUAUAUUAUUUUGAAAGCAAAAUCUCCCCUUUGCUCCUUCCACCAAACUUCUCUCCUUUUGUGUAUGUAUGAAUUAUGCAAAGUAUGAAGAAGAAGCUGUUGUAUGAAUCAUGCAAAGCUUUAUUUCGUAAAUAACAGUCAUGCAGCAUUGCUUCCUCUCUA